UUUGAGCAGCGCUCUCGUGCUUCGCUCAUACGCACUUUAAACAGGAUGUAGCGACUGAGACAAACCACGGAAAGAGAAAAAGCGGCUAAAACACUGCGAUGUGACAAACACCGGUGAGCCAGAAAUGACUGCCACAGCGGAGGUGAAGAAGAAGAAGCAGCAGGAGAAGACAGGCAGAGUCCCGAUGAGGCAGCUCACCGCCGGCAGGUCUUGACGGCUGCUCCCCGUGACCUGAGACACCCAGCACUGCACGGUUUACACACACUGAAAACCCGACAGAGCCGAAAUAUUCCACAUCCCGUCGGCAAACCUUGAAAGCGAUAAUGGCGAGCCAGGGCGACUGCUGUGUGAAGGUUGCGCUGAGGAUUCGUCCUCAGAUGGCCAAGGAGAAGAUCGAGGGCUGCCACGUGUGCACCUUGGUCACACCUGGAGAACCACAAGUUCUGCUGGGAAAGGACAAGGCCUUCACCUAUGACUUUGUGUUUGACGUCGACUCAGAGCAGCACCGGAUCUACCAAGGCUGCGUGUACAAGCUCAUCGAGGGCUGCUUCGAGGGCUACAACGCCACCGUGUUCGCCUAUGGCCAGACGGGUUCGGGGAAGACCUACACCAUGGGGACGGGCUUUGACGUGAAUCUGACCCAGCAGGAGCAGGGUAUCAUCCCUCGGGCUGUUCACCAGCUUUUUGAGGGAAUCCAGAACAGGAAAGUGCGCGCCCAGGAAGCCGGCACCCAGCCACCCGAAUUUAAAGUCAGCGCCCAGUUCCUAGAGUUGUACAAUGAAGAGAUCCUGGACUUAUUUGACGGAGCCAGAGAUCCAGAGAGUCGGAGCAGGAAGUCCACAAUUAAGAUCCAUGAAGACGCCAGUGGCAGCAUCUACACCACCGGAGUCACAUCCAGACUGGUACACUCAGAGGAAGAGCUGCUGCAGUGUCUGAAGCUUGGCGCUCUGUCCCGUACCACAGCCAGCACCCAGAUGAAUGCCCAAAGCUCCCGCUCACACGCCAUCUUCACCAUCCACCUUUGUCAGAUGAGAGUCUGCCAGCAGCUGCAAAUGAACGGAGGAGGGGAGAACGGGGAGGUGAAUGGUGUGGAGUCCAGCCCCAUCGCCCAGCCGGAGUUUGAGACGCUGAUGGCCAAGUUUCACUUUGUGGACCUGGCCGGCUCUGAGAGGCUCAAACGCACAGGAGCCACAGGAGAGAGAGCCCGCGAGGGAAUCUCUAUCAACUGUGGACUGCUGGCCCUGGGAAAUGUGAUCAGUGCUUUAGGAGAUCAGACCAAGAAGGGAGGGCAUGUCCCCUACAGAGACUCCAAACUCACUCGUCUGCUGCAGGAUUCACUGGGAGGCAACAGUCGUACAGUGAUGAUAGCCUGCGUCAGUCCAUCAGACCGCGACUUCAUGGAGACGCUGAACACACUGAAAUACGCCAACCGCGCUCGAAACAUCAAGAACAAGGUGGUGGUGAACCAAGACAAGACCAGCCAGCAGAUCAGCGCCCUGCGUGCUGAGAUAGCCCGACUUCAGAUGGAGCUGAUGGAGUACAAGGCGGGGAAGCGUGUUGCAUGUGAGGAUGGUUCAGAGGGGUUCAGUGACCUGUAUCAGGAGAACGCCAUGCUGCAGAGAGAAAAUGACACGCUGCGCCUCAGGGUAAAAGCCAUGCAGGAGACCAUCGACCAUCUCAACACCAGAGUGACACAUCUGCUGGCCAAUGAGGUCAGCACUCUACUGACCAAGUCAAAUGAGGGCAAUGAGGAGAUCGGGGCUCUGAUCCAGAACUACAUCCGAGAGGUUGAAGAACUUAGAACCAAGCUUCUUGAGAGUGAGGCCAUGAAUGAGUCGCUGCGACGGCAGGCGGCCCGGCUUUCCUCCCGUUCACCGUUCCCCUCUACUCUCAGCCCCGCACCGGGCCAUCCCCCUGGCUCGUCUCCUGCCCCAAUGUCCAUGGAGGCCGAGAUGACAGACGUGUUACGCCGAGCCAAGAUGGACAUCGAGAGGCUGAAGAAGAAGGAGAGGAGGCAGAGGAGGAUGAGUCCGGAGCUGGAGAAAGGUCUGAAGAAGCGAGUGAAGCUGCACACUCACGAGAACGGGGAGAAUGGGCAGAAUGGAGAAAAUGGGCAGAAUGGACAGAACGGAGAGAUCGAUUCGGAUGACAAUUACACCGAGGACAUUAUGUCUCCGCUGCAGGAGGAGAGUGGCUGUGAUGAAGAUGAGGGGGAGGACGAGGAGGAGGGCAGGGAGGAGGAGGACGAGUUUGACAGCGACGAGAGCCUGGUGGAUUCAGACUCAGACUCAGAUGAGAAAGCUAACUUCCAGGCAGACCUGGCUGACCUGACCUGCGAGAUCGAGAUCAAACAGAAGCUGAUAGACGAGCUGGAGAACAGCCAGCGGAGGCUGCUGAUGCUCAAGCUGCAGUACGAGGAGAAGCUCAUCCUGCUGCAGAACAAGAUCAGAGACACGCAGCUGGAGAGAGACCGCGUGCUUCAGAACCUCAUGUCCAUGGAGAACUACACAGAGGAGAAGGCAAACCGGAUCAAGCAGGAGUACGAGAAACGUCUUAAGGAGAUGAACCGCGACCUGAUGAAGCUACAAGCGGCACAGAAGGAGCAUGCGCGUCUCCUCAAAAACCAGGGGAGGUACGAACGGGAGCUGAAGAAACUCCAGGGCGAGGUCAACGAGAUGAAGAAAGCCAAGGUGACACUGAUGAAGCAGAUGAAGGAGGAGCAGCAGAGGAGGAGGAUGGUGGAGGCGAAGAGGAACCGUGAGAUCGCCCAGCUCAAGAAGGAGCAGCGACGACAGGAGUACCAGAUUCGAGCACUGGAGUCUCAGAAACGGCAGCAGGAGCUGGUCCUGCGCAGGAAGACGCAGGAGGUCACGGCCCUGCGGCGCCUGGCCAAACCCAUGUCAGACCGCGUGGCUGGACGGGUGGCCCGCUGGAACCAGGCAACCGCGGUUACGGACUCUGGAGCCGAGUUAUCAGCCAGCACCACAGCAAGCAGCUCUGAACCCGAGACCGGGAGGACUGUGAGCGGGCUGGUGAGACAGUGGAACAAUAAGAACAAUGUGUUCGGAUACCUGGGAGAGAGCGAGGGGAGCAUAGAUGGAACCAGAGUCAUUGGCAGCAGGAAGAAGUUGCAGCGUAAGCCAGCAGGCCUGGGCAGCGUUGGAGCCGCAGGCAGAGCCAGCAGCUUCUCCAAGUCAGCCCGUCAGAAGUGGCAAGCCCUCGAGCGUCGCAUCAUGGACAUUGUCAUGCAGAGGAUGACCAUCGCUAAUGUGGAAGCUGAUAUGGAUCGCCUGAUCAAGAAGCGAGAGGAGCUGACGGUCCAGCAGGAAGCACUGUCACAUAAAAGGGAGGUACUGAUGGCGGAGGGGGAGGGCCCAGAAGCAGAGGACCGUCUCCUUCAGGAAAUUAAUGAGGAGAUUGAGGUGCUGAACGCCAAUAUAGACUACAUCAAUGACAGCCUGUCUGACUGCCAGGCCACCAUUGUACAGAUAGAGGAGACCAAGGAUGAACUGGACUCAGUGGACACCUCAGUGGUGAUCAGCUCCUGCUCCCUGGCAGAAGCACGCCACCUGCUGGAUCACUUCCUGAAGGCCUCCAUAGACAAGAGCUUACAGGUGGCUCAAAAGGAGGCUCAGAUCAGACUGCUGGAGGGUCAGCUGAGACAGACAGACAUGAUUGGCUCGUCCCACAAUCACAUGAUCCUUGAUGCCCUGCGAGAAAAGGCAGAGUACAUCCCCGAACUCCAGGCUCUCAUCCACAAUGUACAGCAGGAAAAUGGUUACACCAGCACAGAUGAGGAGCCCUCCGAGUUCAGCCAAGCCUCUGACAGCAGUGUAUCGCAAAUGAAAGAAUCCAACAGCCAAGAUGAUUUCAAGAUAAAGAUGGAGCCACGUCUGUCGGCUCAGAUGAAGGCGGUGUCGGCAGAGUAUUUGGGCCCCAUCCUGGAUCCUUCAUCAGGCAGUAAACAGCAGCACAUCACCAAAUCUCUUGCCUCGCUGACUGACAUCCAGGAGGAUGGCCUGAGUCUGGUGACAGGGAGUCUGGGGCUCAGCCUGGCCUUACGGGACACUUACCACAGGGACCGGGCAUCCCGCACCAUCAGCCUGCCUGUCAGGGGACACACCUUUCCCAGGCAGUCUCGGGGUUAUGACACUUCCCCUAUAACAAGGAGGAAAUCUUACGACCGUGCUUACAGGCCCACUGACGGCUAUACUCCCCCCUCUUCUCCUCCUCUGAGGACUAGGAACGACCGCAAUGUCUUCUCAAGGCUCACCAGCAACCAAACCCAAGGUUCUGCUCUGGACAAGUCGGAUGACAGCGACUCCUCGCUCUCCGAGGUGCUCAGGGGUGUGAUCAAUCCCAUUGGGGGUGUGAAGGGGGGUCGGACGGCGCCCCUGCAGUGUGUUUCUGUAGCAGAGGGCCAUUCGAAGCCGGUCCUGUGUGUGGAUGCUACAGAUGAACUGCUAUUCACUGGAUCUAAAGACCGCACCUGUAAGAUGUGGAACCUGGUAACAGGUCAGGAGAUUGCAACUCUCAAAGGCCACCCCAACAACGUGGUGUCAGUCAAAUACUGUCCGUCCUCCUGUCUGGUCUUCUCUGUCUCCACCUCCUACAUCAAGGUGUGGGACAUUCGUGACUCCGCCAAGUGUGUCCGCACGCUCACUUCAUCGGGGCAGGUGGUUUCGGGUGAUGCGUGUGCCGGCACCACCACCCGCACAAUAACUUUUGCACAGGGCGAGUGCCAGAUCAACCAGAUAGCCCUCAACCCGUCAGGAUCUGUGCUUUACGCUGCGGCUGGUAACACUGUUCGCAUGUGGGACCUCAACAGGAUGCAAGCGAUGGGAAAGCUGACAGGCCACAUUGGCUCCGUCAUGUGUCUGACAGUGGGACAGUCUCUGCUGGGCAAAGACCAAGUAAUCACUGGAUCCAAAGACCAUUACGUCAAGGUGUUUGACGUGGCAGAGGGAACUUUGGGUAACGUAGGCCCAGCUCAUAACUUUGAGCCUCCACAUUACGAUGGCAUCGAGUGUUUGGCUGUGCAGGGAGACGUGCUCUUCAGUGGGUCGAGGGACAACGGGAUCAAGAAAUGGGAUCUGGAGCAGCAGGAACUCACUCAGCAAAUCCCUAACGCCCACAAGGACUGGGUGUGUGCUCUGGCGUACGUCCCGGGCCGACCCAUGCUGCUGAGCGCCUGUCGGGGCGGCAUGCUGAAGGUGUGGAACGUAGAUAAUUUCACCCCCAUAGGAGAGGUCAGGGGUCAUGACAGCCCCAUUAACGCCAUAUGUACCAACUCAAGACAGAUCUUCACCGCGUCCAGUGACAAGACAGUGAAGAUCUGGCUGUCAAAGGUAUGGAGGAAGAGGUGACAAUUGAAAAUGGCUGUGGUUCCUCUGUAAACCACCUUGCUAUAACUUCAGCCACUGAUCUGAGACCUGCUCACUUUCAGUAAUGGUAUGCAACACCGUUUCCAAGGCAAUCAAUGUGUUUUUUUGUUUUUUUUUGUCACAAUGCGAAGUGAUAAAGCUGAGGUGGAAUAUUUUUU